UAAGCAUCAACAUACUACAGAACACACACUAAUCAACCAGCAAAUCAGUAGCUCCUUCUUGCUAAGUUAGCUCUUCACUAGCUAGGCCGCGGGGCUUGCGACCACGACGAUGAUGGCAGUGACGGUGGAGAUCACGCGCCGCGCGGUGCUGAGGCCCCCGCCAGCGACCUGCAGAGGGGGCGGCAGCAAGUCCCCGCUCACGGCCUUCGACCGCGCCUCCACCGACGGAUACAUCCCGGCCGUCUUCGCCUGGAACGCGCCGGCGCCAGACAACGCCGCGCUCGUGGACGGCCUCCUCGCCGCCGUCGCCAGGUACCCGCACCUAGCCGGCCGCUUCGGCGUCGACGACAGCGGCAGGAAGUGCUUCCACCUCAACGACGCCGGGGUGCUCGUCGUCGAGGCCCAGGCCGACGCCGACCUCGCCGACGCGCUGGCGCACGACGUGGCCGCGCACAUCAACGACCUCUACCCCAAGGCUGACAUGGAGCGUGCCGACGAGCCUCUCUUCCAGGCGCAGCUCACCCGGUACCGCUGCGGCGGCCUGGUGAUCGGCACGGCAUGCCAGCACCUCGUCGCCGACGGGCAGGCCAUGAGCUUCUUCUACACCGCGUGGGCCACCGCCGUGCGCACCGCCUCGGCGACCCUCCCGUCGCCCUUCACCGACCACACGGCCAUCGCCGUCCCCCGCGACCCGCCGGCGCCCAAGUUCGACCACCGGAACAUCGAGUUCCGUGGCGAGCACAGCCCGAGCCACUCCUACGGCGUGCUCCCCGGGGACAGGAUCAAGAACCUCGUCGUGCACUUCCCGGAGGAGUUCAUCGCGGGGCUCAAGGCCCGCGUCGCCAGCGUCGGCGGCCGGUGCAGCACGUUCCAGUGCCUCCUGGCGCACGCGUGGAAGAAGGUCACGGCGGCGCGGGACCUGCCGCCGGAGGAGCCCACGCAGAUACGUGUCGCCGUCAACUGCAGGGGCCGGGCCCAGCCGCCGGUGCCCAUGGAGUACUUCGGCAACAUGGUUCUUUGGGCGUUCCCGAGGAUGCAGGCCCGGGAGGUGCUGUCGUCGAGCUAUGCCGCCGUGGCCGGCGCCAUCCGCGACGCCGUGGCGCGCGUCGACGCCGAGUACAUCCAGUCCUUCGUCGACUUCGGGGAGGUGGCGGAGCGCGCCGGGGAGGAGCUGGCGUCAACAGCGGCGAGGCCUGGGACGGCCUUCUGCCCGGACCUGGAGGUGGACAGCUGGCUGGGGUUCAGGUUCCACGACCUCGACUUCGGGCACGGGCCGCCGUGCGCGUUCCUGCCGCCGGACCUGCCCAUCGAGGGGCUCAUGAUCUUCGUGCCCUCGUGCUCGGCCAAGGGCGGCGUCGACCUCUUCGUGGCGCUCAACGACGAGCACGUUGAUGCCUUCAAGCAGAUCUGCUACUCCAUGGACUGAUCAUCUCUAUUAUUACAGUAUACUUGAGUGCGACGAUUAUGCAUGGUAUAUGUGCAAUAACCAAAAUGUUUUUGCAAUAAUACUGCAAGGAUGUCUGUGUGACUAAAUCUGCAACUAUAUGUACAUGUACACGUUUGACGUCAGUCUCUAUGGACACAUAGUGCAUGUCAAAGGAUAAAUGGAAGUUGCUUGAUGUGCUUUUAUUUGUAU